UGCUGAUAAAAGCGUUUACACCGUGGCCAUGGAAACCGUCCGUCUAGUCCCGGUAUUGCGCUGGAAUCAGGUCCUGUUCCGACAGUGCCCACCAGUAGUAACUCAAUUGGGGGUUUUAAUUUUGAAUCUGCGCGAAUGAAAUUGUUUGAUUUUAAAUAAACAGUGUCACAACGAUAGAAUGUUAGUGAAAAAUUUUAGGGAGGGCCACGACCGAUUAAGCGCCCUGGAUUAAUACUGGCGUGAAUCAUCUAUGACACGAAGAUUGCAUGUACAAGGACGUGUUGGAACAGCCGAUUUGUUGAUGCAAUAAACUGUUUUACUGCCAAUAAAGGUGUAGUGAGAAAUAAAUAAGUCAAGUCUUGUCAAACCUGAUCUUGAUCUGGAACCAGCGUUCCGCUGUGACAGGAUUUUCAAGUUUAUCGCACUUUUUAUAAAUAAAAAUCUCGAAAUAAAAUGCAAAAUACAAUAAACAGAAAAAAACAAACAAAAACAAUUGGAAAUCAAUUAGUUACUAAGGUCAACAUGUUUUGAAAACACUUAAAUUGAUUAUAUUGCAGAAUCAACAUUCAGUUGUUUUUGUAAUUAAAGUGCUAAAAUUGAUAUAACACCUGAACAAAAUGGUCCCUGCAUGGAUUUUUUUAGCCGCGUCACUCUUGCUUAUGAAAUAUCUCUGGUCCAGACGAUGGGUUUAUUACUAUACUUGGAAAAUUGCAGGCCCUGUUUCGUUCCCCAUUAUAGGAAGCACUCACCUGUUAUUGCGGGAAGGAUAUGAUGGUUUUCUCAAAACAUUUACCAGCGUUUGCAAAACGCAGCCGGCGGUGUUUAAACUGUGGUUGGGCGGACACUUGCUUAUCGUGACUUCCCAGCCCGAAGAUAUCGAAAUUUUUUUAACUAAGUAUCUAAAGAAGGGUACAUUCUAUGAGUUUGGGAAAGAGCUUAUGGGUGACAGCCUCAUAAAUUUACCAGUCGAACAAUGGAAAGUAAAUCGGAAAAUUAUAAAUCAAUCUUUCAAUUCAAAAAUUUUGAAUUCGUUUGUUCCUUCGUUCGUGAAAUAUGCCAACCGACUUGUAGAGGACCUCAGUAAACUUUGUGAUGGAAAAUCAACUGAUAUUUUGCCAGAAGUGUUUAAAUGCACUUUAGAUGCAGCUAUUGAAAAUCUAACCGAUGUUGACGCAAGUUUAAUAAAAGGACAGGAAAAAUUUAUUGCAAAUAUAAUCAGAAUGGAGGAUUUAUUGAUGUUUAGAAUGUACAGGUUUUGGCUUCAUAUGAAUUGGGUCUGGAAGCGUACUGCUGAAGGAAAAGAAAACAGUAAGCUUUCCAAGGAAACAACGGAAUUUAUCAAACAGAUAAUCAAUAGGAAAAAAAUGGAACUCCAAAAGAAUACCUACAACGACGAUAUCAAAAGGAAACAAUUUCUAAAUCAUUUAUUUAAUAUAAGCGACGAAACAAGUCUCUCAGAACAUGCUAUAACAGACGAAACUAAAACUAUGCUCAUUGCUUCGAGUGAAACAACAGCAAUUACCAUUAGUAUGGUUCUUUUGGUUUUGGCUAUCCGAUCUGAUGUGCAGAACAAAAUUUACAAAGAACUCACGACGUUGCUUAAUGGUAAAGACAGAGAUGUUACACUAGAAGACCUUAAUAAAAUGCUCUACUUAGAAUGUACCAUAAAAGAAACCAUGAGAUUCUUUCCUACGGUGCCAGCGUAUGUACGAACAGUUGAUGAAAAUGUUAAAUUAGAUUCAUACACAGUUCCAGCCGGUAGUACCUUUUUGAUUGCUGCAGUGCAUAUGAAUAAACGGGAAGAUAUUUGGAGCGAUCCUUUGACAUUUAAUCCAGACAGAUUUCUGUCUCAAAAUGACACCCUAAGACAUAAAUGCGCAUAUGUACCUUUUAGUUAUGGACCAAGAAAUUGCAUAGGACUCAAUUAUGCAAUGCUAUCAAUGAAAGCAAUCCUAGCAACACUUUUAAAAAACUAUAUGUUUUAUCCUGUAGGAUAUAAAUCGUUCGAAGACAUUGAAUUUUCCUACAGUGUAGUUGCAAAAGUCAGGAACGGUUAUAAUAUUAGGUUAACACAUGUAGACAAACAAUAAAAAACAACGUAAAAUAAAGGUGUAAAAUA